AUGAACAUAGAGUCUGAGUACGAUCCAAACGGAGACAUAGCUCUAUCGGGACACUUAAACGGAGGUCAGAACUCGCCUCCGAGUGGUAUCCAACAGCCCUGUGCCAUAUGUGCCGAUAAGGCCACCGGCAAACACUACGGCGCCUUCAGUUGCGAUGGUUGUAAAGGAUUCUUCAGGCGUUCUGUACGUAAGAACCAUCAGUACACGUGUCGGUUCAGUAGGAACUGUAUUAUCGAUAAAGACAAACGAAAUCAGUGCCGAUAUUGUCGGCUCAAGAAGUGCUUCAGAGCCGGCAUGAAGAAGGAGGCCGUCCAGAAUGAAAGGGAUCGCAUCACAUGUAGGCGACCCUCUUAUGAUGACUCGGCCAACAGCGGCGGCACUUCCAUCCACGCACUCCUUCACGCGGAGAUGUACUCACGACAGGUACUGUCCAACACUUAUCAAAUCGUUUCACAACCGAUUGAAACGAAUUUCCAGUCCAAGAAAUUGGCGAAUAUUAACGAUGUUUGCGAUUCAAUGAAACAACAGCUCCUAAUACUGGUCGAGUGGGCUAAAUGCAUACCUGCCUUCACCGACCUCCAGAUCGACGAUCAGGUGGCCCUUCUGAGGGGUCACGCCGGCGAACACUUGCUGUUAGGACUGUCGCGAAGAUCUAUUGUUAUUAACGAUAUCCUUCUGUUGGGUAAUGACUUCAUAAUCCCGCGCCACUCACCAGACCCUGAGAUUAGAGGAAUCGGUAACAGAAUAUUAGAUGAAAUCGUGGGCGUCAUGAGAGACGUGCGGAUGGAUGACAGCGAGUUUGCGUGCCUUAAAGCGAUCGUCUUCUUUGAUCCCUCAGCUAAAGGCCUACAGGAUCCCAAUAAAGUCAAGACUCUCAGACGACAGGUGCAGACCUGCCUCGAAGACUAUAUCAAUGACCGACAGUACGACUCUCGGGGUAGAUUCGGUGAUAUCCUGUUGCUGUUGCCGCCCCUACAGAGCAUAACCUGGCAAUUGAUAGAACAGAUUCAGUUCGCGAAGCUGUUAGGGACGGCCAAAAUCGAUAGCCUCAUCCAAGAGAUGCUUCUCGGAGGUAAUGUAAACGCAACGCCACAAAUGCAAUGGUCCAGAAACCACCAACUCUGGCAGGGAUCGUACCCCAGGCAAACAUUUCCGGACAACAGUUCAAAUUCAACGGCAAAUGUGAUGUCCAGUGCGUCGACGAGCGGUCAGUCCAAUGGCUCGCAACCAAUGGUGCACUCCAUGAGUAGUGUCAAUGGUGUGACCACUAGUAUAGCUAAUAACUCACAUAACUCUCUACCAAAUGGUCAUCAGUCGGACAUUAUAUCAAACGGUCACAGCUCUGACACAUCUAUUCCCUCCCCUAAUGACGAUUCAUAUAAAAUACAAUCAAAUCCAUUGUCAUUCAAACGAGAGAAUAUUGAA